AUGCCCCCAUUGCGCGAGGCUGCAGCAGGGCGGGAGGGCCAGCGACGGGAACUGCAGCCCUCAACGUUCCGGCCGCGGCAGAGGCACGCGGCGGCCCGACCCUCGCCCCCUGCGCCAAGCGGCCUCAGAGGCGCGGCGGGUGCGUUGGAGCGGCCGUCAAGUAUACCCUCGGCGGAGCUAUUUAGAGCGGAUUUCAACUACAUGUCACUGCGGGAGCAGUUCCACAACCGGGAAAGGCUCAUUGUGACCACCCGCCCCCCCGUCCUUGCCUCACCUGUGCUUGACCGCAAGCAGUGGCUGCAUUCGCUCUGGGCGCCAUUUUUCUUUCUGCGCGGGAAUGACCUCCCGCCGGACCAGUUUGACUACGCAGAGUUGGUGGCUGUAGGUAGCCGGAGACGCGGCCCGACGAAUCCGCCAGAGCCAAAAUGCGACUCCGCCUUGGGGCACCUUGUUUGGCGCCUUUUCUGUCUGCGGUGCGGUGUUGCAGAGCAAACGUAUCUUCUCUUUCGCGAGGAAGAGGAGCGAGGCCGUGAGCCUUACCGCUUGUGUUGCGAGGACUUUUUUGGACGUGAGGGGCACAUGCCACGGUCGUUUUACUACAUCUGCUUAUGUGACCUGCUCACAUGUGGUUGCCCCUGUGGAUUUUUUUACCACGGAUUAGGUACCGCGGCCUUUGGUUGGCGGCUGCGGUAUCUUUUGCGUUGUCGCUACCGCCUGCAAGGGACCUCCGUCGGAGACUUUUCCCUCAUGCUCUGCUGCCCGUUGUUCGCGGUUGAUCAGCAGGGGCUAGAGAUGAUGAUGCACGGCAACUCGGAGAGGCGAGACCUCUGCGCCAUCAUGGUGUGA